ACCAUCUCUACAAUCAGCGCUUCAUAUUUCUUGUCCCCCAAAAUGAGUCUUAAUUACAUAGCUGAGCAAGCGGAUCCUACUGAAAUUGACGAUGAUAACGAAUCUUUUUACUCGUUCGCGCAGAGCUAUUGCGAUCCUUCAGAUUUGGAAGAUCUUUCCGACAUUGAAAAUAUCACCGUAACCGACACACCUAAAUUUGAGUUUGAGAAAGACGCUGCAAUGAAAACAGUUCCUCGAAAAAUGUCCCACACUUCUCAGACAAUAGAGAUUAGCAGCCCUCAUGUGCUAACUCUGGAUCAAUAUCAAUUGCAAAAGUCGCCGCCUACCCGCAAAUCAUUCGAAAAAUGCCAUCAUCUGGUGUAUCAGUCGGCUGCAAGUUCUCCAAUGCCUGCUGUGGAAUUAUUCAACAUGGAUGCACCGUCAACUGGGAAGUUAACACCGAAAGAUCUGCUCGAAACAAGUCACAAUACGGCUGCCUUGCAAAAGGCUGCCUUUACCAAGAUUUGGAUUGGAUGUCAGCAGAAUUGUCUACAAAGCAAUCGUUCAGUCAAACGCGAAUUUGCAGACGCUUUAGAUGAUUAUUUCAAAGAUGAUAACAUCGAACAAUUCGAGAAUCUGUCGCUGCAGGAGCAGCACAAGGGAAACGCUAAUAGGCAGCUAUUUGUGGCGACAACCAAUUCAGGAGCCGACUCAGCUAAUUUCCAGACCGUUCCCGAAUCGGAGCCGUAUGUGUCGCCCUUUGACGACAUGCCAGUGGCGCCCAAAGAGAAAGUGUUGCCUGGCCUUAAGCCAUACAUUGUUGUGCCCGCCGGCUUCGAUUUGACAAACUUGGUGGAGUACAAGAAUCCCAAUCACUGGCAUCGUCGCCGCACCACCCUUAACGAUCAUUUCAAGUAGUUACUUCGAAAUGAUCAAAUUGCAAGCAGGAAAUUGCAUAUUUGGUUGCAAGUCGCGUUUUAAGUUUAUU